AUGUGGUCGUGGGUUCGAUUCCCACAGACGGCGAUAAUCAACAGUAGGUGUUUUGCAAUUUUUUUGUUUUUUUUUUUAAUUUCUCUAGAUUCAGAUAUUCCUUUAUUGUUUUGCCAUUUCCUGCUUCUCCAAAACCCAAAACCCCAGAAAAGAAAUGUUGCAGAGAAAUGUCUUCUUCUUCCCUCGUUGUUCAACUCCAAAUCUUCCUUCUCUCCCUUAACUCUUCUUCGCCUCUUCAGCGUUCUCUUACUUCCCCUAUCCCCACUAUCUUGGCAACUAAAACACCCCAAGAGAAAGAACCAGCAAUGCUUGGGCAGCGUGUCGUCCAGCAAUGAAGUUGGUGGCGGCUACUCUGAUGAAGAAUUUGACACAACUUAUAAAACGCAAAACCAACAAGUUCAAGACACCCAAAACUUUGAUUCUGCUCAGUAUGAAGCUCUACUCAAAGGGGGAGACCAAGUCACUUCUGUUCUUCAAGAUAUUAUAACCCUUGUUCAAGUGAUUGGACUUCUCUGUGGAACACCCCAGAAAGAAAGAAGACAUGAACUACUAUGCCGAGUUGCUGCUGGUGGUGGUGCUUUCAAAAGUGAAAAUGGCACCAAAGUUCAUAUUCCUGGAGCAAAUCUAAAUGAUAUAGCAAACCAGGCUGAUCAUUUGCUAGAGACGAUGGAAACUCGGCCAAGUGUUCCAGAUCGAAAACUACUUUCGAGACUAUUUUUUAUCAGAGAAGAAGCUCGAAAUAUGAUGGGAGGUGGAGUACUGGAUGAAAGAAAUGACUGUGGUUUUAGUUCUCUUCCUGAAUCAGAGGUGAACUUCUUAACAAAACUUGUAGCUCUGAAACCUGGGAAAACUGUCCAGGAAAUGAUAAAAAAUGUAAAGCUAGGGAAAGAUGAAGGUGCAGACUACUCUGACACUGAUGAAAAAAUUAAUGCUGGUAGAAUGAGACUCUGUGGAAUUGCUGGAAGGGUCAGUUUUAGAUUCAUUUCUAUACAAUUUUCUUUAUUGAUUAAAAAAUAUGGCUGGAUUUCGGCUAGAAAUGUUUGCAAAAUCAUGGAAAUUAUAGCAUAUUUACUCUCUUCUUGUCAUGAUAACCAGUUCAGUGUUACAGGGAGAAAACCACUUCCAGUUUGCCCCGGCAUGUUUCUUGAGACUGUCACAAAGGUUUUGGGUGGUAUAUGUAGUGGAAAUGUCUCUGGCAUAACAGCACAACAUUUAGAAUGGGUAAAUUAUCUUUUGCCUUGCCUUCUUGGUAACUCCUGAAAAUGGAUCUCUUAUGUUUGAUUUGACUGCACAAAUCGUUAACACCUUAUGUUGGCUUUUCUUUUAAUCUUACUAUUCCAUUAUUUCCUAUUUAGAAUGGGUAAAUUAUUAAUUCAAAAACAAAAUGGAAUAUUUUACCAUUACAUUAUUUUCUAUUUCUGAAUGAUCUAGAAUUUGCUUCAUAUCAUCAAUCACAAUUUGCAAUUUAGCUU